AUGGCUAAUCGUGAAUUCAAAUGCAGGGCUGGCUGUCAAAGCACAUGCGAAAGACAAGCGGACUGCAAUCCGGGCUGGGAUGGGAGUCAAUGGAGCAAGCAGGACAAGUGCCCGCUCAACGUCUGCUGCAGUAGACAUGGAUUCUGUGGCUUUACCGAGGAAUUUUGCGAUGGAAAGGAGGUCCAACGACCAUCCUGCUCACCAAAGGAUAAGCCAGUCAGUCGAGUAAUUGGCUAUUUCGAGUCCUGGGCAACGUCUGAGAGGUCUUGCUUUACUAUGAGCCCAGAGGAGAUACCUUACGGCCUAUAUACACACAUCAUUUUUAGCUUCGCCACCAUUCAUCCCCAGACAUUUGAGGUCUCCCCAGGAAACUCUCAAACGGAAUAUAUUAUGAGUAGGAUUGGAGCUAUUAAACUCGUACAGCCAGAUGUCAAGGUUUGGGUUGCGAUAGGGGGCUGGGCUUUUAACGAUCCGGGUCCGACGGCAACAACUUUCAGUGACUUGGCCGCCUCUGAGGCCCAUAUGGAGAGAUUUUUCACAUCGUUGAUUAAAAUGAUGAAUACCUAUGGCUUUGACGGUAUAGACAUCGACUGGGAGUACCCUGUUGCUCCGGACCGCAACGGGCGAGAUGAGGACUAUAAGAAUAUCGUUUCCUUUAUGCGAGAGCUUCGACAUAGGAUGGACCAGCAUAAAAAGGGGGUAUCAAUGGCUAUUCCGGCAAGCUACUGGUACUUGCAACACUUUGACAUCGCCGCACUCGAGGCUGCCGUUGACUGGUUCAAUCUAAUGAGUUACGAUAUGCAUGGAGCCUGGGACAUUGACAACAGAUGGACGGGACCGUGGGCCAAUGCCCAUACCAACAUCACCGAGAUCCAGCUAGCCUUGGACCUCCUGUGGCGGAAUAACAUAAACCCCAAUAAAGUUACUAUGGGGAUGAGCUUCUACAGCCGCAGCUUUACCUUGACUAAGCCAAGCUGCAAUAAGCCUGGAUGUCGCGUCAGCUCCGCGGGAAAUCCGGGUCGCUGCUCCGGAACCACGGGCGUCUUGCUCCAUGCUGAAAUCCGGGACAUCAUAAAGAAGGAGGGUCUCAAGCCCGUCUUGCACCGCGACGCCGCCGUCAAGACGGUGUCAUGGGGGAACCAAUGGGCGUCAUUCGACGACCUCGUAACAUGGAGGCUCAAGGCUAACCGCUUCCGCAGCCAGUGUAUCAGCGGCUUCAUGGUCUGGGCCAUGAGCCAGGAUGACCAGAGCUACACAAAUGCCCAGGCGCUGAACUCGGCGCUUGAGCGGCCAACCAUGGACUUGCCGGACUUUAAUCAAAAAGACGUGCCCGCAGAUGCCGUUGUAGAGUCCCCCCCCAAGUUGUGUCGGUGGACCAGCUGCUUCGAAGGCUGUCCCAGCGGCUUCAAGGAGAUUCAGCGAGAUGGACACAAGGAGAUCAUGAUGGACACAACGCAGUGCCCGGGCGGGACUGGCCAUGGUUUUAUUCGCUUCUGCUGCCCAGCGGACCAAGAACUCCCGGUAUGCACCUGGAGAGGGCAUAAAAACUCGGGCAACUGCAGCCCCGGCUGUAAGACGGGCGAAGUCGAGGUGGGAACAGUGGGCUCUGGCUGCAAGAAUAAUCACCAGUCGGCCUGCUGCAGCGAGGGCAAGGGAACAGCAGCAUAUGGCAAAUGCUCGUGGACCGGAUGCUCCAAGAAUCCCCAAGAAGCCUGCAGAGGGUUUUAUCCAUACUUUGUUGUGGCCAGCAGCGUUGCUUCCGGCGGAGCGAAAUCAUGCGGCAAAAGUCAAAAGAGGAGCUACUGCUGCGCCGAGCCGCCCCCGGCCGAGUUUUCCGACAAGUGUGACUGGCAUAAGAAGGCCGGAUUUUUGACUGACAAGCAGUAUGCCUACGUGUGCGAAGGGGCAUGUCCGUCGGGGCAGAUUCGACUGUCGGUGGAAAGCGGGCUGACCGUGGACGGCGAUGGCUGCUACGGAAAUGUCGCUUUUUGCUGUCCAGAGCCGGCGCCGCCAACGACGAAGCCGAGUCGUCGUGACGAUUUCGGUUCAACCCAGGCAAAAGAGUUUGAACUGUUGAUGCAAAAGUACAUGGAGAACCCAACCUGCCCUGCCGCCAUUUUGCAGCCGAACCUGCACGACAUGUUCAACGGCGGGAUGCCUGCCAAGAGAUCUAUUGAGAUGGAGGCUCGCGAAUAUGACAUUCUUCGGGGACGCGCCAUCAACUGCGCCAUGGACAACUGGAUCAGACUCCUCAGCUACGCGACUCUCAUGUUCACCAUGAACAAGAAGGCGCUGGACCCGUUUAGGAAAGUUUGGGAUAGCGAGUUUGCCGCCAGCUAUGACACUGCGCUCGAAUAUAGCGCCCUGGAGGGGUUUUUUAGGGACUAUCCGAUAUUUGACACCCGUGGCGUGAUAGAGUACAUUCUCUACAACCCUCUCGUGGCUGGAGCCGGGGUCCGCAGGGCCAGAAAUGCGCGCGAGGUGUUUUGUGAACGGUCGUCGAGCCGGCGCAGUCUUGAGCGCAGAGACGACCAGGGACCGCUUUGGGCGCGGCGUGUCUGGGCCUGGGGAGGCGGAACAAACGAUGUCCCUGGUCUCGAAACGAUCCUCGAGGGCAUCCGAGUUGGGCAUCUGACGUUGCAUUAUGCCCGUUGGCAGUAUCAGGAAGGGCAGGCUACGGCGUCGGCCCCCGGUCCUAUUCUGGAGCUUGCCUACUGGAUUGGGCCACAGCCGGGGGUCCAUACAGAGGACGCCGAGUUGGAUCAGUAUCGAGACACGACGGCGAGAAACGCUCCGGACGAUCGAUGGGUUGUCUUUCAUCUACAUGUUGAUCCAACCCGAGAGUGGCUCCGUCGAAUUAACGGUCACACCUAUCUGGGUGUCGACUACCUAAGUGUGUAUCACGGCCAGGAAGUUCGUGGAGCUCGGGGCCGCUAUGCAUGGCGUGUGCAAAACAUUGAUUCGGGGUACCUAAACGCCAGAGACGGCUUCUCGUGCGAUUCGGUUGGAGAUGGGUUAUGGUAUGUGGGAUCACCGAGGGCUGUGGAGGGGCAGGAACCAUGGUAUCAACUCGUGCAAGAAUGGUCAGAGGUAAUCUACAACCAAGGCUACGUGCGUAGUCCGGGCAUCCGGCUCAUCCUCGAAGGGGGCAAUCCUCCAAGCGGCGAGAUUGACCCGCAGGAUCCCGGUGUCUUGGCUCUGCCUAAUACCCAGACCAACGCCGCAUCCGGAGCGGACCCUUACACGAUAAACUGGUUGAUCACGCAAGGGGACAGGUACGAUUUCUUCCCUCCCGCCCCGCCGUCAUCGUGA